UCUCUUUACAGAUUUACAAAUGCUGUAUGCAAAUUUCCAGGAUCGACACAUGAUGCCUACAUCCUGAACAACAGUUAUUUGCCGGAGUGCGUGUCCAAUCUGCCUGAUGGAGGUUGGUUAUUAGGGGAUUCGGGAUACCCCUUAAAGGAAUGGCUGAUGACCCCAAUCAACAAUCCCAGAACUGGCCAAGAAGAGCGGUACAAUGUAGCACAUUGCAGAACGAGAAAUGUCAUUGAAAGGGCAUUUGGUGUACUGAAAGCCCGUUUCAGGUGCCUACACAAGACAGGUGGUUGUUUACCAUACAAACCAUCGAAAUGUGCAAGAAUAAUUGAAUGUACCAUGCGGCUACACAACCUCGCUAUUGAAAGGAAUGUUCCCUUGAUGGAAAUUGCAGAGCCAGAGACUGUGGAUCCAACCAUGCAUCGUCAGUUUGCAAAUGACAACAGCGAUGCUGCCACAGUUAGAAUGAGGAUUGUCCAGAGAUUUUAAAGUUAUGUCAAUGGAGGCCAGCAACAUUCUUAAAGGAAAGCUUAAUAUUUUUCCGAUCGUGUGGAAUGGAGUUUCUGAAUCUCGCCGAGGAUUGGAUUAAAGAAAACAACUAUUUUCCUUUCGUGAAUAGAAAUGUGCACAAUGUCGAGUUUUUGCAAUAGACAAGUGGUACUUCAAUGGAAUGUUAUUACAUGUUCUUCAUCAAUG